AUGGAUAGCCAUGGAGAUGAUGAUUGGGAGACUAUACCCUCUAAACAAGUGAAACAACAACAGCAACAACAGAGGAAACAGAGAAAGGCUGCAGAGAUUCAAGAGAGACGUGAUGUCGAGAAGAAGGAACAUGAUGAGAAACAAAAGCGUAUAAAGGAGAUGUUUGCAGACUCUGCCAACGCCUUCAGUCUAAAGUCGGACAAGUCACGCAGCAGCUAUAACAAUCCCUGGGAGGUGUUGGAGGAUGGAGACGACGGUGGAAACGAUCCAAAGAGACACGGUCAAAGGAAGAAAAAGGAUGUGCCCACUGUCACCUCGGAGGGCUACGUCUACACCAGCAAGUAUCUCAACGAUCUCGAGAAGAAGAAGGCCAAGGCUCUCCAGAAGCAAAGGGAGAUGGCCAAGAAGAGGCAGGCUGUUGACACAAAGAAGAAGGGUCCAACAUCAUUCGACAAUGCCAAGCAGACUUUCCAAUACAGUCAGUAUUAUGAAUUGAUAAUCGCCGUCGUCAAGAAGUACCCAACAUCACGUGACAUCCAACUCAAGUACAUUGCUGAGUUCCUUGAGGAGCACUUUGGCAAGACAGAGAUGGAUAUAUCAUUGGGUGACUUGAUACUAGAGGCAAACUAUGAGUAUCCAACGAGCACUUUGGAGAAACGAUUUGUCAAGGAGACGAGGAAGUACUUUGACAAUGUCCCAACAUCUGAAUACCUCCAGACCAUCACAUUCCUUAUCAACACCUUGCUUUCAAUCAUCAAACAAGAGAAGGGAGCAUUGAAGACCAGUGGAGUUGGUUUGAUAAUAUUCCUACAGGUAGUGUUCAAGCACAUCAAGGCAGUGCCCUUGGCAAUGGUCGAAACCUUCAAGACUAUAUUCAACGCUGCAGGUAUCCACAGCUUGAAGCCAAACGUGGCCUCGCUCUACCUUUGGUUGGCAUCACAAGCAUUCCCAACUCAUCCAGAGGUUCCAGUCUCCAUCUGGUUCAGUGUAAUCUUCCCAUUGAAGCUUAACCAACACCUUAAGAUACCGACCACAGUCAAUGACUAUAUUCAAUCAUUCUCCACUUCAGUGUUGGCACAUUGCAAUGACAUCCAAAGUGGCAAGUCACGAAUCAACGAAUCAAUCAUGACAUCAAGCGUGGAGCAAUUGCUAUGGGCAAUCCAAAAAGGAUAUGAAUUGGAUGACACUUGCCUUACAAUUGGGCAGGUAUUGUUUGAUGUUGAUACGCUGUUCCCAUCCAAAUCAGUACCUCAACCCUACCUCAACGUACUACUCAGCAAUACUGCCAUUGCCGAUGAGAACUAUAGAGAAAUCAUAUUGUCCUCAUUGAUCAAUUGUAUAAAGUUGGAUGGCAACAGCGUGGAGUACAUCAAACAGGUGUAUCCAAAGAAUGUGGCACAGACCAACAAUCUACUCCUAUUCAUAUCAUUGAACUGGGACCAGUUGAACCUCAAGAGGUCACUGUCCUCAGAGACCAUUUACAAUCUGGCACAGUACUGCAAACAGAGCAAUGAUGCCAUACUCUCGAGCAAGACAAAGAAGAAGGCGAUGGGCAAGAAUGUGGAGGUCAACGAUCUUGAGAUGUGUUCAAUCACAUGUGACUCGAUCAUCAGGAGUUUCAAGCCAUCCAUUGUAUCAUCUUCAAAGGCCAUUCGUCUCCUCUUGCCACUUUUAAUCCUGCCACUGGUAGUAGCAUGUGGAUUGUUUGCAAGACAACAACUCUGCAGUGGUCAAUACAACGACAAGCUUCCAGCACAACUAACACAGCUAUCACAACUAUUGUGCAACAACAACAACAACAGCAACUAA